GGGAACUGUGGUCAGGGAACUGUUCGUGGGCACAGCUGCGCAGUUGUGUCCUAGCCCGCAAUCACCAGCUCUCGGCCUUGGCCCCCAGCGCAGCGCGCAGCCCCCGCCCACGAUGGUCCCGGCCGUGAUCUUGCUCUUGCUCCUUUUGGUGGAGCAAGCAGCUGCCCUGGGAGAACCACAGCUCUGCUAUAUCCUGGACGCUAUCCUGUUUUUGUAUGGGAUUGUCCUUACCCUGCUCUACUGUCGACUUAAGAUCCAGGUCCGAAAGGCAGCCAUAGCCAGCCGUGAGAAAUCAGAUGCUGUCUACACGGGCCUCAACACCCAGAACCAGGAGAUGUACGAGACUUUGAAGCAUGAGAAAGCACCGCAGUAGCUUCGGGACUCGUGUGCUUGCUCGAAUCUUUCUACACUUGCAAUUCUCUCCUAGCUCGCCUGGUUGGCACUGCCAUGCUAUCUCCACACUCUCAAAGCUGGCUGACCUUGUUCCUGUAAUGAUGUUAGGCUCUAAAUCAACGUACACUGGCAGGUCCCCAUCUCCGUUAAAGACUUACUGACAUUUCUUUUCUUCCAUCUUCCUUUGCUUCGUUCCUCUCUCCUUCCCUGAUCCCCAACUCUCACUAAACAAUGGAAAGAGAUAACCUCCCAAUAAAACUGCCAGAGAUCUGACUCAA